GGCAGCGGCAGGCGGGCGCGAGGACAGCGCGCCGUGAGGCCCCGCGCCUGCGUGCAGCCUCUCGCUCGCUCGCGCGCUCGGGCGGGCGGGCUGAGGAGACCAGUCGAGCCCCCGCCGCCGCCGCCGCCGCCGCCGCCGCCGCCGCCGCCGGGGGGGAAAGCCUAGGCGUCCUCUUGGCGUCGCCUCGAUUCCCGUAACCCCUCACCCCUCACCCCCGCCAGGGCCAUGGCGGAACGCGGAGGGGUGGGCGGUGGUCCCGGAGGCGCCGGGGGUGGCAGCGGCCAGCGGGGCUCUGGGGUCGCCCAGUCUCCGCAGCAGCAGCCGGCGCCGCAGCAGCCGACGCCGCAGCAGCCAACGCCCCCCAAGCUGGCCCAGGCCACCUCGUCGUCCUCGUCCACCUCGGCGGCGGCCGCUUCCUCCUCGUCCUCUUCCACCUCCACCUCCAUGGCCGUCGCGGUGGCCUCGGGCUCCGCGCCUCCCGGCGGCCCGGGGCCAGGCCGCACCCCUGCCCCGGUGCAGAUGAACCUGUACGCCACCUGGGAGGUGGACCGGAGCUCGUCCAGCUGCGUGCCCAGGCUGUUCAGCUUGACCCUGAAGAAGCUUGUCAUGCUGAAGGAGAUGGACAAGGACCUCAACUCGGUGGUCAUCGCCGUGAAGCUGCAGGGUUCAAAAAGGAUUCUUCGCUCCAACGAGAUCAUCCUCCCGGCCAGUGGGCUGGUGGAGACAGAGCUCCAGCUGACCUUCUCCCUUCAGUACCCCCACUUCCUGAAGCGGGACGCCAACAAGCUGCAGAUCAUGCUGCAGAGGAGAAAGCGUUACAAGAACCGGACCAUCUUGGGCUACAAGACCCUGGCCGUGGGACUCAUCAACAUGGCAGAGGUGAUGCAGCACCCGAACGAAGGGGCCCUGGUGCUGGGCCUGCACAGCAACGUGAAGGACGUGUCCGUGCCCGUGGCAGAAAUCAAGAUCUACUCCCUGUCCAGCCAGCCCAUCGACCACGAAGGGAUCAAGUCCAAGCUGUCUGAUCGCUCUCCCGAUAUUGACAAUUACUCCGAGGAAGAGGAGGAGAGUUUCUCGUCCGAACAGGAAGGCAGUGACGACCCGCUGCACGGGCAGGACCUGUUCUAUGAAGAUGAGGACCUACGGAAAGUGAAGAAGACCCGGAGGAAACUCACCUCGACCUCCGCCAUCACAAGGCAACCUAACAUCAAACAGAAGUUUGUGGCCCUCCUGAAGCGGUUCAAAGUUUCAGAUGAGGUGGGCUUUGGGCUGGAACACGUGUCCCGGGAGCAGAUCCGAGAGGUGGAGGAGGACUUGGACGAACUGUAUGAUAGUCUGGAGAUGUACAACCCCAGCGACAGCGGCCCUGAGAUGGAGGAGACGGAGAGCAUCCUCAGCACCCCAAAGCCCAAGCUCAAGCCCUUCUUUGAGGGGAUGUCGCAGUCCAGCUCACAGACGGAGAUCGGCAGCCUCAACAGCAAGGGCAGCCUCGGCAAAGACACCACCAGCCCUAUGGAAUUGGCUGCUCUAGAGAAAGUCAAAUCUGCUUGGAUUAAAAAUCAAGAUGACAGCUUGACUGAGACAGACACGCUGGAGAUCACUGACCAGGACAUGUUUGCAGAUGGGAGCACCAGUCUGGUUGUGCCGGAGAAAGUCAAAACCCCCAUGAAGUCCAGCAAAACAGAUCUCCAGGGCUCUGCCUCGCCCAGCAAAGUGGAAGGGGGGCACACUCCCCGGCAGAAGAGGAGCACCCCCCUGAAGGAGCGGCAGCUCUCCAAGCCCCUGAGUGAAAGGACCAACAGCUCCGACAGCGAGCGGUCCCCGGACCUGGGCCACAGCGCACAGAUCCCAAGGAAGGUGGUCUACGACCAGCUGAACCAGAUCCUGGUGUCAGACGCAGCCCUCCCGGAGAAUGUCAUCCUUGUGAACACCACGGACUGGCAGGGCCAGUACGUGGCAGAGCUGCUCCAGGACCAGCGGAAGCCUGUCGUGUGCACCUGCUCCACCGUGGAGGUCCAGGCCGUGCUGUCCGCCCUGCUCACCCGUAUCCAGCGCUACUGCAACUGCAACUCCUCCAUGCCGCGGCCGGUGAAGGUGGCGGCCCUGGGCGGCCAGACGUACCUGAGCUCCAUCCUCCGGUUCUUUGUCAAGUCGCUGGCCAGCAAGACCUCCGACUGGCUCGGCUACAUGCGCUUUCUCAUCAUUCCCCUCGGUUCUCACCCUGUGGCCAAAUACUUGGGCUCGGUCGACAGCAGAUACAGCAGCGCCUUCCUCGAUCCCGCCUGGAGAGACCUGUUCAGUCGCUCGGAGCCCCCAGUGACCGAGCAACUGGACGUGGUGGGGCGGGUGAUGCAGUACGUCAACGGGGCGGGCGUGACACACCAGCUUCCUGUGGCUGAAGCCAUGCUGACCUGCAGACAUAAGUUCCCCGAUGAAGACUCGUAUCAGAAGUUUAUCCCCUUCAUUGGCGUGGUGAAGGUGGGUCUGGUCGAAGACUCUCCUUCCACGGCAGGUGAUGGGGACGACUCGCCUGUGGUCAGCCUCACUGUGCCCUCCACGUCACCGCCCUCCAGCUCAGGUCUGAGUCGAGAUGCCACGGCCACCCCUCCUUCCUCCCCGUCCAUGAGCAGUGCCCUGGCUGUCGUGGGGAGCCCCAACAGUCCAUAUGGGGACGUGAUUGGCCUCCAGGUGGACUACUGGCUGGGCCACCCCGGGGAGCGGAGGCGGGAAGGUGACAAGAGAGACGCCAGCUCCAAGAACACCCUCAAGAGCGUCUUCCGCUCAGUGCAGGUGUCCCGCCUGCCACACGGCGGGGAGGCCCAGCUCUCCAGCACCAUGGCCAUGACCGUGGUCACCAAAGAGAAGAACAAGAAGGUCCCCACCAUCUUCCUGAGCAAGAAACCGCGAGAGAAAGAGGUGGAUUCUAAGAGCCAGGUCAUCGAAGGCAUCAGCCGCCUCAUUUGCUCUGCCAAGCAGCAGCAGACCAUGCUGAGAGUGUCCAUCGACGGGGUCGAGUGGAGCGACAUCAAGUUCUUCCAGCUGGCGGCCCAGUGGCCCACCCAUGUCAAGCACUUUCCAGUGGGACUGUUCAGUGGCAGCAAGACCACCUGAGGGCACCGUCUCCUGGCCACUCUCCCUCCUGGCACUGCCACAGCCUCACCGCCUGCGGGCAGGGGGAGGCCAGCAGGCCCGGGCUCGGCUCCCCUUCCCUGGUUCUGGGCCUGCAUCUCCCUUGCCCGGUCCUGAAGGACACUGCCACUGGGGACACUGCCCUCCCCACUGCUCAGUCCUGUCCCUGGGCAGACACCGCCCCCCACCCUGUCCCCCCUGCUCUGGGCCCGAGGCAUGUUGAUUUUGCCUUGGGGCGCCAGUCCCUGGAAUGGAACCCUCCAGGCCUUCCUUCUCGUUACUCCCAGCCUUUUCCCGCGUGCACAGGUUCCCUCCGCAGAAACAGGGAACUGGCGUCCCGGCCCACAGCGGGCAGCCCAGCCCUCCCCGCCCCGCCCACUUCUGCAGCCCAGCUGGUGGGAGCUGCUCUGCCUGAGCCCAGGGGCCCUCCGCUCCUGCACCCCCGACAGCGUUUCUGUGGCAGUGCCAUGUGUUUCUGUGACGGGGAGGCCUUCCUGGUCCCCCCCACAUACCCCCUCGCCGUGCCCGGGCCCCUGUAGAUGCGGCCUGUGUCCUCAGCGUUUCUCUGGUUCCUCGCACGGCCAGUCUCCUGGCAGUCCCGUGUGACGCGCCCGGGCACCGGCCCCUGUCCUGUGGCUCCCCUUGUUGAUUCGCCCUCUGCCCCCGCCCCUCCCCCAGCACGGCCCAGUCUCCUCCUGGAACUGUGGACUCGGGAGAGAUGGGAGGUGGGCCCCACCGUGUGCUGUCUGUGGCGCCCCAGCGCCGUCACCCCUGUGCCCAGCAUGUCUGUCUGUCUCCCUUUCCCUGCCGUGCUCGUCGCCACCUCCCGCCCAGCCCCCUGGUCUGGGUGGAGGCCCCCUUCUCCCAGCCCGGGCCCCCCCGCAGCGGGCUCCGUUCCUUCCCUCUCCCCUCGGAUCGGGGCCUGAGCCUCCGCCCGGCCUCGACCAUCAGCCUUCUCGGGAGAGACUGAGCACACUGGGUCGGGGUCCCAGCCGCAGCCCCCCAUUCCCCACCAGCACCUCCAGGACUGUACCGUUGCCCUCCGACCCCUUCCAGAAGUUUGCACAGGACUUUGUUUUGAAAGGUGUCUGUCUCGUUCUCCGUACCUCCCCCGGACUGCCCAGCCCUGACCCGCGGCUCAGCCUGGCGUUCCCGAGCAUCCCCGGCCUGCGCCGCGCUCCCGGCCCGAGGGGGUGCGGAGUUGGGGGGGCCGGGAGGAUGCUGGGUUUUUCAUUCAAUAAACCGGUGGUUUCUUACCCGCUGCAA